GGCAGAAGAUGUCAAUUGUUUAAGAUGUGAUUAACAGAUGAUGGAUUCAGCGUUGAGUGUUGUGUUUAGUAAUAAUGCAUACCAGGCUUAGAAUGUUGAAGUAAUGCCCAGAACAUGGCAACGAAUAAUUUGCAAUGGCAGCGCUUUUGUAUAUGUAUCCAGAAACACGCCCCUCCCGUUCAUUCUGUCACUUUGGAUUUAAAGUGAUUUAAGUACACCUAAUAAAUUAAAACUUUAUUGUUAGACUUAAUUGUUUAUCGCGAUAGUAGUCGUUUAUGCAUGCUGCAUCACUGGUAAUUCGUUUUAUAUAGGUAUGGAAGAUAGCCUGAGUGUAAGGUCGUACGAAUCAGGUACUACUAGUGAAGAAUAUGAGAUUUUAGCUGGGAAUACCAUCAAUAGACCCCAGCUCCAUAUUGCAGAUGACGGUAGCAUUGAUGACUUAAGAAAAAAUUUGAGAGAAGUAUUGUCAGAAGACUGCCAGAGUCCGAAAAUGGAAAAUAGCAUAAAUAAUGCAGCUGUUACCCAGUCCUCAGAUGCAGAAGCUAUUAAAAUUGUCGGCAAAAGCAUAUUUUAUAAUGAGGACUCGGACAUUUCAAACUCGCCAUCAAAUGAAGUAGAGAAGGAAGACACCAUGAAGAAUGAAGAAUUGACAAAUGUUCCAGAUGUGCAACAGGAGUGUACUAUUUUUAAUGGAGUAACAUAUCUCGGUUCAGCUGCCAUAAAUGCUCCUAAAAGUGAAGCAGAGAUUCAGAGGAAUAUGGCAAUAUUAAAUGAACAGUCUAUAGAAAGUGGAAUUAAAAUUUCUGUGUCCGUUCCAAGCUCUUCCGAUGGAACAGUUGUGUUGUAUGAUGCAGCUACAAAUGCUGUGAUGGCACAGUAUGAAAUCCACCGGAUCUUGUACUACAGCAGAGGAACAGUAGGAACUAAGGAGGCGCCAUGUUUUGCAUUUACAUGGUCUCAUGGAGAAUCCCACGAAUCAGCCAUAUUUCAGUGCCAUGUAUUUAGAUGUGAUAUUCCAGAAGCUGUGGGCCAAGUUUCUGGAUGUUUCUCCAAGGCAUUCCAGCGUGUACCAAAGAGUCUUAUGAAUUCAGUGACAAGUCUUUCCAGUCCAGCACAGUCAGAUGAAGUGUUCAUUUUUCAAGUUACAAUGGCAAUCAAAGAAGAUGAUGGUCAUGGAAAUUUCUCACCGGUUGCAAGAGAUAGAAGUCAUUUCAAACUACGAGUUAAUAUGGAGAAGAAAAUAUGUCUUACUGUACAACAAGCAUCAGAACAUGGAAAGGAACUGGAAGUAGAACGCUGCUUUGGUGUUCUUAUCAGCCCAGGCCGUUACCGCAAGCACUCUGAUCUGCAACUUCUGGAAAUGGAGGCUCAUCCAUGCUCAGAUUCUGGUGAUAAGCUUGGUUCAUAUCUUAUAUAUGGUCAUUGGGAUCCUACAGAACCAGCUUUCGAGUCGCUGAAUAACCCAACACUUCAAGAUUAUUUGACAGUUGCUGUAGAUCUUGUGAUAAAAGGAAUCCAAGAACCAGUGAGAUUUAUAAUUGAGACACAAGUGCGAAUAUUUUCAAAAAAUGAACGUUUUUGGUAUCACAGUAGGAGGCCAUUGACACAACAAUUUAAUCUUCAUUUGAAAGAGAUACCAAGCAAUGAUUUAUCUGAAACACUCUAUGAAGUCAUGAAAAUUGAGAGUAGUGGAAAUUUUGAUGAGACACGAAGGAUUCCAGCUUUAACUCUUGCUUAUCUAACGAGUUCUCCAGCCAUUCCAGACUUAGAUAAUUUGACUCCCAGCAAUGAAGAAUUGUCAGAUGGUGAUGAGCCAUUGCUAAGUGGCACUGGUUCAGUGUCUAAAGACUGUUCAGAGGUUGAACUGGAAUCGUGGGCAGAAGUGCUUCUACGGUGGAGCAGUACAAAUCAGCGUCCACGUCAGUUAGCAGCAUUAGUACGUGCUGGAAUACCAGAAGCUCUUAGGGGAGAGGUGUGGCAACGCUUAGCUUGCUGUGACACUGACACUGCUACAAUGGAUACUUACCGAAUUCUUAUUACAAAGGACAGUCCAUGUGAGACUGUGAUACAGAGAGACAUUAAUCGGACAUUUCCAGCACAUGACUUUUUCAAAGAGGCUGGUGGAUUGGGGCAGGACUCCCUCUAUCGUAUCUCUAAAGCAUAUGCUGUUUAUGAUACGGAAGUUGGAUACUGCCAAGGCUUAAGCUUCUUAGCAGCAACUUUGCUUCUUCAUAUGCCAGAGGAACAAGCCUUCUGUGUCCUUAUUAAACUAAUGUACAAUUAUGGCCUACGAGAUUUGUACAAGGAUGGCUUUGAUGUCCUCUACUUGAGAUUGUAUCAACUGGACAGGUUGAUGGAGGAGCAGUUACCCAAAUUGUGGCAGCAUUUUACUGAGAAAGGUGUAGAGUCACACAUGUUUGCCUCUCAAUGGUUCCUAACUGUUUUUACAGCUAGGUUUCCACUGUAUUUUGUUUUCCAUAUUUUAGAUGUUUUCCUAUUACAAGGAGUAGAAACUCUGUUUCAAGUUGCAUUGGCUCUGCUGAUGGUUUGUAAGAAGGAAUUACUCACGCUUGAUUUUGAGACGACACUUAAGUAUUUCAGAGUUUCCCUCCCAAAGAAAUGUCGUUCUGAAGAAGUUGCCAAAAAUAUAAUGAAACUAGCUACAAGUCUGAAAGUAAAAAAGCUAAAAAAGUAUGAACAGGAAUUCAUAUCUGAAAAAGAAGCCCAAGAAGCUGAAAAGAGUUAUGCAACUCGACUUGAAUUUCUGCAGGCUUCCCUGCAACGUUCUGAGGAAGAAAAGAGAAGCCUCGAAGAAGAAACAUUGCAGAUUAAAGAAAUGCUGCAACGUGAAGUACAAAGGGCUGAAAAUGAAAGCUGCAGAAAUAAUACAAUCAUUACGGAAUAUAAACAGAUUUGCCAGAGACUGGAUGCAGAAAAGAUUGCAGCUAAAUUGGCACUACAGGAACUAAGGGCACAAGUUAAGUUAUGCAAUCAGUGUCGGAAACUGGUCUGUGGCACUGAGGAAGAAGUGACAGCAAACACAGGAACACCAGCUGCUACUAUUGAUCCCCAACUUCAAAGGGCGCAGGAAAGGAUUAGGGAGCUAGAGCUAGAACUAGCACAGACAAAACUUGCUCGAGUACAAGCAGAAUGUCUUAAUCAGGACCUUCUACACAAAUUACAUACAGCUAUUACAGAAGCACAAAUGAAUAAAACAACAUGGCCACCAUGGUUCCAAAAGACAUUAAGCUCAAUAAAGGAAGUGGCAAAAAAGGAUCUUAAAGAUGUAAACAUUAAGAUAUAUCCUAAAGAGGGAAACAGUAAAAGUGAAGUAUCAGGAACAAGUCCCAAAAGACGUGAUUCAGCACCUCCAUUCCCAAGAGAUUCUUACAGCCGUGAUAGCCUGUUUGAUGCAAGUUGUUAAAAAGGAACACAUUUGUGAUUAUGAUUUUCACAAUGAGCUUGUGUUUCAUCUGUGUCUGUUGUCCCACAGGUAACAUUUAUGGUCAUUUUUUCAGUUACAUGUGCAUGUAUUUGGUGUUAUGACUGUAGUUUGUGUAGAGAAAUACUCAAAUGUGAAUGAGUUAGGGAAAAUUGAAUGAAUGUUGUAUAUUAUGUAAAAAUGAAUCUCUUCCAGCAGGCCUUUCAUUACUCAGGUGUUUCAGUUUCAUUCCUGUGAAUGUAUUAUUUAGAGUGACUGAGAAAUGCAAACAGCUGAUUAAAUGAAAAGUAGAUAUUAUAUGUUACUGCAUUGCUAUACAGGAAAUGGAUGAGCUAUUGUGGAUUCAUUUGCUAGUCAUUGUCUCUUAUGCCAGUUUGAAGAGACCACACUUAAUAUAGAGUGCUAUGUAUGAUGCUAUGAAUGUAUAUUUUUGUAACAUAGUGAAUGAGUAUUCUAACAUAGAAAGAUUUAUUCCUUUUUUUGUUCCCUGUCCCAGAAGCCAUUCUAAAUUACUGUGAUCUGAAAAUACUUGUAAAGUACAGUUUUCUAUUUUGUCUAUAUACCAAUUAAAUGAUUUUCUUUUAAAAAGGGGAUUAUGUUAUCUGUUAAGUCAUUCUAUUUCUAUAGUACAAAGAUAUAAUAUUUUCCAUGCUAAGUUGCAAUUUGUGAACCACAAAUUCAUUAGCAAGAAAUUUAUUGUAUUUUCUUUUGCACAGUUUGUUGACUAUUCCUCACUUGUUAACAUCUACCAAUUAGUAUUACAUUCCAUGACCUUUUCAUUACAGUAAUUUAAUGGUACUGCAGUAUGAAACACCUGACAAAAAUGAAUAAAUGUGGUUAUGUACUGUACUACAAUCAGAAGCAACCAUUUUUCAGCAUUGUGAUGACAUUUGUGUAACACGGUAGUUUUGUUGUGAGUGGAUGGCAGUAUACUGGUUAGAUGUAUACUUUUAUUGUCAGCAAUGGGCUUACUUCCAGACCCACUGCCAUUAAACAUUCCAGUGCAGUUGCAAUUUUCUAAUAUAAAAUAUUCCAAUUAUGUUACCUGCAAAAUUCCCACCAAAGUGAUGUUAGAGCAGCAGUAAUGCUUGUGUACAGAUCUUGUACUGUGCUUUCAUCAUUGUUAUAAUGUUUGUGCUAAUGGUAUUCUAAAAUCAGUAUGCUGCUCUACACAGCAGGAGAGGUGGAGUGAAGAAAAUCAAGUGGAAAAGUUACAAUUACGAUUGGUGGAGAGGAGAGAAGAAGGCGGCACCCAAAAACUAAAUUUGAUGGAGUCUCCCAAUAUGCAAGAGAGCAAAUGAAAGCAAGAUCAGGAAACUGUGAUGUUAAAGAUUCUUUGAUUGAAACAAAAGAUCCCAGGGGUACUGACUGUUUGCAAAAUAGUGGAAAUGUGUAAGGUCUUGUAAGAGCUCUCAGGGAAUAAGAAAUAAACAUGAAGAAAACAUAAAAUAACUGUAGACAAUUUUAAUAGCAAAGCAAAGUAAUAGUGAUAAUGAUUACACGAUGUUGGAUCACUGAAAGUAACAAUAAUGAAAUGACUUCACCUAAACCCAAAUGAAGGCAUACAAGAAGUUUAGCAGAAAAGAAGAGCUGCCAACAUUGAUAAAGAAAAAUAGUGACAAAAACUGUUUUUCCUGCCAUUAUUCACAUUAGAUACUUAAGUAGGCACAUGUGUAUUCAAUCUGUGACACUUCCAUACAGUCACUUUCAAUUUAGAUUUAUAAAUUUUCUUACUGCCAUCAUUUUCUUCUGUUAACUAAAUUUUAAUGAUUUUAUUCACACCAUAGUCUCUGACUUCUUUAUCAUAUGAUGUUGAUUUUUAAACCAAUUAGAAGAGAUGUAAUACCAAUAUUGCAUUCACAUGAAAUUGAGCUUCAGUGUUUCAUUUUGAAUGGCACUCCUCAUUGAAUUUUGGUUAACUGUUUUGUGUAACCACUGAAUAAAACAUAUGACAGUUACUCAUCGGUUAAUGAUGCAGGUGUGCUAGAACAUCGACUUGUUAUGCUGUAGAGUGUCAACAUUUUAUUUGCAUUUGUUUUCCAUUCAUACAAAUGCCUUUUUAUUCUCAAACUGAUGAUUGAAAUAUGGCUAUAAUUUCUCAUCUAAGCUUUGUCAUUUUCUUUAUCGAAGGUCAGGUAUAUUGUUGCACCAUUGAUCAUUUCAAACAACAAAUAAAAACACCUGUUAAAACAUUUACUGUGGUAUUUCUGCAUUCAAAAAGAAAAUUGAUGAGCAUGUAACUAUUAUUUAUUUAGUAUUUAAUUUGAAUGAUGGAGAGCCAAUGUUUGAUUUUGAGAGAGGACAAUAAAAUUCAGCUCUAUUUGUACUUGCUGUUUACUUAAAAUAAUAGAAAUAGUAAUAAUAAAAAUAAUGAAAUAAUAAACAGAAUGAAGUUGUUGCAGAUCUAUUGCUUGUUAAGUUUAAACUGUGUAAACAAUGACAGAAUGUUUAAUGAUCUUAUACAUAGUUUCUUUUUGGGUAAUGAUUUACCAUAUUAACAAGAUCGUUGUAAAAAAAAAUCCGUCUUGAUGUCUGUGUUCAGUAUACAUGUAAAUCUUGCCUCUGUUAAUACAGCAGUGGAAUCAGUGAAGAUGACCACUACUGUGGAAGGGUGGAUCGAUAUGUAAACAAGAACAGAAAAAUGCUCACUUGUGUAACUGAAUUAUGUUCAUCAGAAGGUAUGUGUGUAU